UAUAACCCGAUUUUCUACUUUCAACGUGCACACUCCUCGUUUCUAACACAAAAUCUACUGAACGGCUUGAAUUCGGAGCCCCUUUUUUCCAGCAAUGAUAAAUCGAUUUAAAUGGCGAGAGGUUUUGCGGUUGUAUCAAGGGCAUCAAGAAUUGAAGCACACCUUCAAGCGGUCAGAUGCUAGAACAACUGUAGCAGAUAACAAAAAAGGUAAAUAGUUCAAGUCAAGCGGCUUUUGAUGCCUCAUCGCUGCAAACCAAAGUGAAUUUUACCGUGAAUUGAUCACUGUAUGUCAGACUAUAGGAUCAAAUCUUCGUGUUCUGUUGCUGAAAGAAAUGGAGCCGUGUGUCUGAGCAGGUUUCGUGUAGCUUGAAACUAAUCUGGGAAUGAAGCUUUUUCUAUUCCGGUCAAGACAAGUAUGUUGAGAGUGAUUUGUUGGAUACGAAUGUGCGUGUAGUCGCUAGUUUCUUGAUCUUUCUUUCCUGGUUUUGUUGUUUAUCUGUCACGUCGCGAAAAUUCGUUAUAAAAAUCCUUAAAGUUUAAUGCACGAUGCAUUAGAUAGGACAAGAGAUCGGCGUCUGAAUCAGUGCCAUAUCGAAGUCUAAAGUCUCGGCCGAGCCAGGCGGACUGAACGGCUCCGCCGUUGCAAAUUAUAAUAGGCGUUCCUAAAACAUGCUAAAUGAUUCAAACGCCCAAAAUUCAUGUGAUCAAUUCGAUGCAUUAUAGCUACUACUGGUGGAAGUUCGAAGUUUGAACAUUUCUUAGUUUCAGUUUUUGAGUCAUGCAACCCACCUUGAAAUGCAACGCGCAAAACCUAAUCUGUAAUUCUAGGCGUCUAUGAGACAAAGAAACUGAGAAUAGAGCUGCCUGAACACCCUCAAAUGAACGACACUGACUAUUCAAGACAGAGCGUUCCCGACCCGAGGGGUUGGUCAUUAUUGGCACCUCCACAGGCUGAGCCUGCACCGCUCUAGCCCAUUUGUGAGCCGAACAUACUCUAUAGGGUAGUUUUUUCAAGUACGGUUUCCAUAUUGAUCGCUACGUUUAGCAAGUCGGCUGAGUAGACAGCGUUCAGCUAUCUCCGACGUAGGCCGUGAUCUUGCGCGAUUGCUGUGAUAGAGACCUCAACGAAGGAAAGAGAGGAAACCUGGAACGAGAAUACCGGCUGAAGCAAUAUGCUAACAUGGCUAAUGAAAGAUAAUCCUUAUUUGUUCCUCAGAUUUUCAGCUGAGUGAAAGAGAGAGAGCCUUGGCGAGCGUAGCAGAUCAAAUACGAUGUGCAGCAGAUGUUCUUCGAGCUCCUAUGAGAUUUCCAGCUCCAACGCGUCCCCUUAGCAAAGACAAGAGAGAAAGUAAAGGAACUUCACAGUCUAUAAGAAAAAACGAUGAAGUCAGCUGUUUUAUAUCAUUACUACAUAAGCAGCCUAAAAAAUAA